UGCACAGAAUCUAUCUCAUUGCUAAACGCAACAUCCUCUGUUUCAUCCCUCUCCCCUAUCUUCUCUCUCUAAAAAUGUCCACAUUCUCUCUCCCUCUCUAUAUCUCUACAUCCUCGCAUCUCGGCGUCAUCUCUAUAAAUACCUUUAUUCCUCCGCUUUUCAGGGAAUUCGUUUGGGACUUGCUAGAGCUAGAAUUAUCCCUGCAUUAUUGAAUUACAAAGUUCCAAAUUUAGGGGAAUUUCAGCUGCUGCUCAUGUUGUUUCUCGAGGAUUUGUUGCCGGUAGUGUGGGGAGGUGGAUUUGGAGAGAUAAUUCGGGUUUAUUCUGAACUAGAAAGACUAAUACUGAUCCCUUUCGCUUUGGACCUUUGGGUGGUGAAGGAUCAUUCGUGCAGAACAUAUCCCAUUCCAUGCCGAGCGUUGCGUGUGAUGCCCAAAGGGAAGCAGACGACGGAUGCCGAGACGACAAGUUCGCUCUCACCCUUAAGCUCAUUGCAAUUGCUACAAUCCUUGUAAUGGGAGUCUGUGGUGUGGCCAUUCCAUUAGUCGGGAAGAAGCGCCGGUUUUUGCGCACCGAUUCCAACUUGUUCGUUGCUGCCAAAGCGUUUGCCGCUGGCGUCAUCCUUGCCACGGGAUUCGUCCACAUGUUGCCAGACGCCACCGAGGCGUUGACCGAUGCUUGCCUGCCCGAAAUUCCGUGGUCGAAGUUCCCCUUCUCGGGAUUCAUCGCGAUGAUGGCCGCUUUGGGGACAUUGCUAGCUGAUUUUGUCGGGACUCAGUAUUACGAGAGAAAGCAAAGGAAACAGGAGGGAGAAAGCCAAAUCGCCAAGGCUGAUUCAUCGGAGGCCGGAUCUGAAUCGGGGAUAGUUCCGACCGAGACGAGGGGGAGUGGCCGGAUGGUUUUUGGAGAAGAGGAAGGGGGCGCCAUGCACAUCGUCGGCAUGCACGCCCACGCAGCGCAUCACAGGCACAGUCACUCGCGAGAGCAAGGAUCAUGUGAUGGGCAUCGGGGUGCCGAUCAACACGGUCACUCGCACUCGCACUCGCAUUCUUUCGGCUUCGAAGAUAAUACUGCUCGCCACAUUGUUGUUUCACAGGUUCUUGAACUUGGUAUAGUAUCACACUCGGUGAUCAUCGGCCUAUCGCUGGGGGUUUCACACAGUCCGUGUACGAUUAGGCCUUUGAUCGGGGCGCUAUCGUUCCACCAGUUCUUCGAAGGCUUCGCUCUGGGAGGCUGCAUCUCCCAGGCGAAGCUGAGGAGCCUCCAGUCAACCCUCAUGGCGUGCUUUUUUGCAAUAACCACCCCAAUCGGGAUAGGUGUUGGGAUCGGGAUAUCUUCGUUCUACAAUGCUAGCAGCCCGAGAGCUCUAGUAAUCGAGGGCGUCCUGGACUCGAUCUCCGCUGGGAUCCUCGUGUAUAUGGCUCUGGUCGAUUUGAUAGCAGCCGAUUUCUUGAGCAAGCGAAUGAGCUGCAACGCGAGGCUGCAGUUCGUAUCGUAUUUUCUCUUGUUCUUGGGUGCUUCCUUGAUGUCUUUGCUAGCACUGUGGGCUUAGUUAGUUGAUUGAUUAGAAGCUUUGUGACAUGAAAAUUGUUGUAAUUAUCUUUUAAGUUGUUAGGUCACAGAAGCCAAUUUUGUCUCUUUGCUGUUCUUGGUAACAAGUGAUUUUCGUAUGCAACUCAUAUUAUUUGGUUU